ACUGAAUUAUCCGAACACUCCCAAAUCCGCCGUGUCUACCUCGGAAGAAUCACGACUUCCGAGCUUUCUCGUUCCGACAAUGGUGAUAUUACUAAAGAACGCAGAAGUCUCCAACCAAUUUUGAUCAGACAUCGUUUUGGUCUAAACGCAAGAACAUGAGCAUAACCAAACUUGCACGCUCCAAUGCGUUUAAACCAAUCCCAAACUUUGUCAGAAGCUCUCUACGCAACGCCGGCGUCGAAUCAAGUCAAAACACAGAGUAUCCUCCAUAUAAACCCAAGAAGCAUCACAUUUUAGCAACAAAUCUAAUCGUUUCAUAUUUCGAAAAAGGUUUAGUCGAAGAAGCACGCUCACUGUUCGACGAAAUGCCUGAUAGAGACGUAGUAGCUUGGACCGCAAUGAUCACUGGUUACGCUUCUUCCAACUACAAUGCUCGUGCUUGGGAGUGUUUUCACGAGAUGGUUAAGCAAGGAACAAGCCCGAAUGAGUUCACGCUCUCGAGUGUUCUCAAGUCUUGUAGAAACAUGAAGGUUUUGGCUUAUGGUGCUUUGGUUCAUGGAGUUGUGGUUAAACUUGGCAUGGAAGGUUCUCUUUAUGUUGACAAUGCGAUGAUGAAUAUGUACGCCACUUGUUCUGUAACAAUGGAGGCUGCUUGUUUGAUUUUUCGGGAUAUUAAGGUGAAAAAUGAUGUUACUUGGACUACUCUAAUCACCGGGUUUACGCAUUUGGGUGAUGGCAUUGGCGGUUUAAAGAUGUACAAGCAAAUGUUGCUGGAGAAUGCUGAAGUGACGCCUUACUGUAUAACAAUAGCGGUUAGAGCUUCCGCUUCGAUUGAUUCAGUUACAACCGGCAAGCAAAUUCAUGCGUCUGUGAUUAAACGUGGGUUUCAGUCUAACCUCCCGGUGAUGAACUCUAUAUUGGACUUGUAUUGCAGGUGUGGUUAUUUAUCAGAAGCGAAACACUAUUUCCAUGAGAUGGAAGAUAAAGAUUUAAUCACAUGGAACACUUUAAUAUCCGAGCUUGAGCGAUCAGAUAGUAGUGAAGCUCUGCUUAUGUUUCAGCGGUUUGAAUCGCAAGGCUUUGUGCCAAAUUGUUACACUUUCACGAGUUUAGUUGCUGCUUGUGCCAAUAUAGCGGCAUUGAACUGUGGUCAGCAACUUCAUGGAAGGAUUUUUAGAAGAGGGUUUAACAAGAACGUUGAGUUAGCUAAUGCUUUGAUCGAUAUGUAUGCUAAAUGCGGAAAUAUACCGGACUCUCAAAGAGUAUUUGGUGAAAUUGUAGAUAGGAGGAAUUUGGUGUCUUGGACUUCAAUGAUGAUUGGGUAUGGAUCACAUGGUUAUGGAGCAGAAGCUGUUGAGCUUUUUGAUAAAAUGGUUAGUUCGGGUAUUAGACCUGACCGGAUUGUGUUCAUGGCGGUUUUAAGUGCGUGUCGCCAUGCUGGUUUAGUGGAGAAAGGAUUGAAGUACUUUAAUGUGAUGGAAAGUGAGUAUGGUAUAAAUCCAGAUCGAGAUAUCUACAACUGUGUGGUGGAUUUGCUUGGAAGAGCUGGGAAAAUAGGUGAGGCUUAUGAAUUAGUUGAGAGAAUGCCGUUUAAGCCAGACGAAUCCACGUGGGGAGCGAUUCUUGGGGCUUGUAAAGCGCAUAAGCACAAUGGAUUGAUAAGUAGAUUAGCUGCAAGAAAAGUUAUGGAGUUGAAACCAAAAAUGGUGGGGACUUAUGUGAUGCUUUCAUACAUCUAUGCAGCAGAAGGGAAGUGGGUCGAUUUCGCGAGAGUGAGGAAGAUGAUGAGGAUGAUGGGGAACAAAAAAGAAGCCGGUAUGAGCUGGAUCCUGGUGGAAAAUCAAGUUUUUAGCUUUGCCGUUAGCGAUAAAAUGUGUCCUAAUGCGAGUUCCGUGUAUUCAGUCUUGGGGUUACUGAUAGAAGAGACUAGAGAAGCUGGAUAUGUUCCUGAAUUAGACUCCUUAGUUAAUGAUCAAGAAGUCGGAACUUGAACAUGAACCACAUAGAUUAAGUUAUAUUUGCACUCUGCUACCGUUUGUGGUUAAGUUAUCGGUUAGAUUGAUGACGCAAGAAACAACUAACAAAGAUCAAGUGAGUAAAGAUGAAUGACAGCAGAGGAUUUUGAAGAGCACAGAAUCUGACAGACAAUAUCUGGACAAAUCUCUUUUAGGUAUGGCUCUAUUUAUACAUAUAGUAUUGUAGACUGUCCUACUAAAUAAAGAACAUACAUCACCAUACCUCGAUUUAGAUCAGGUAAUGGAUAAGUUUAGUAUCAGGACAAUCUUAACCUGCCUCAUUGGAUCAAAUGUUGUUGGUCUAUUUAUAGUAGAACUCUUCUUUCUUGUGUUUAGAUUGUGACUUGUGAUAGCUUCCAAGAAACUUUUUGAAAUCGUUGGCUAUGAAGUAACCGCUGAGAUAUUGCUUUCUGUUGAAAUGUUAACAUCAGAAGCUGUUCAGAUCUAGAGUCUAGACAAUAAGAACCUUAACUUUGUUUUUUUCAUAGGUUUUUAGAUAAUACGGAAUCUGCUGUAUUAAAAGGAUAUUGAUUUUUAUAGAUAUCUAUAAAUUCCAAAUCUGAAAUUGUAUCAUCUUAUUGAUAAAAGGAAAUUAAGCAGCAAAUAGCAGAAAGUAAUUCAUGAUUGGAAGGAUAAGAUUAAUAAGAUUAGAGAGACUAAGCAUCUGUGACUGCAACAGCUUCUUUGACCUCAGUGGUUCCAUUGUUCUUCUCCGUUGCAGGCUUCUCAACUUCAGGAACAACGAAAGCAGACACUGGGAAAGUCCUGGACAGACCAGUUGGUGUCCUGAAAUUGAUCUUCCCUGAACUUGUCGGCUGCUCCAAGACAAGCUCAUUGAGAGUGACCCAAAUAAGAAGCUCCUUGGCCUUAACACCGGUAAGCUUCUUGAUCUUUCCGACCUCCACCUGUGCAAUGACCUCGGUGGCGUAAGAGACAAGUUUACCAAUGGCUUCAAACUUGUGGGUGAUGCUCUUCUUCUGCUUCAGCCAGACAAUACCUGUCUCUCUGUCGUAACCAACUUCUUCAAUGUCCUUCAAUGGCAAUAAACCAUUAGGCAUAGAAACUUCCUUGAGAAACUCCUUUGUCUUCUCACGGCAUAUCUCAUCUCCUGUGUAUUUCUCUGCCCUAGCUCUCACUUCAUCUGUAACCAAACCCAUCUCUGUUUUUUUUGGUGUUUGCUUUGUUUUGUGUUAAGAUCUCUCUGUCUCUUAGGUUUAUUGUGGAGAUCUUUGCCUUUUAAUUUAUAGGUGGUGUGGUAUGAAAUCACCCUUGUAUUCUCUAUUUAAUUACGGAAUUUGCCAUUGUAUGAAAUUUAAUGACAUGUGUUAGGGUAAGAAUAUGAAAGCUCCUACAACGGUUUAUGGUUAUAAAGUCAAAGAUUUAAG